AUGUAUGAUACUGUAACAAGGGGUGAUCAGUUAUCAUCAUUGCGUCCUGUUACCACUAUCAUCUGUAACUGUCAUUAUCGUUAUCGUCAACAUUAUUAUUACUAUCUUACUGUUAAUAUCAUAAUUAAACCAAUUUAUGAUUACGAGCUUCCUUCAUCACUCUACUCUUGCUCUCGUGAUACCCUCAGUUCACCUAUUCACCAUUCUCUCUUUUUCAAAAAAACGGACUCUUCUGAGAUAGAGAAUCUGCUACUACUAUUGCAGAAAUGA